AUGUCUCUCCCCCAGACCACGACAAUGAAGCAACCACCGACCCAGUCCUCCAUUAAAUCCUUCUUCCAACCCCGCCAGCAACCCUCCUACGCUCCGCCGCCCCCAGCGUCAAAGUACGCCCCCGCGCCGUCAUCGAAUGGAACAGCAGCUGCCCCUCCUCCCACGACUAAACCCCCACCAUCGUCAACAUCACCACCACCACCUCCUCCUAAAUCCUCAGUGACGACGGCGACAACAACGACAACACCACCGAGAACUUCACCUCCAGCAACGACACCGCAAACAUCACAACCGCCAGCCUCGACGCCCCUCCACCCGAGCGCCUCGAUCCGCCCCGUCUCAGACCAAGACCUCCAACCCCUCCGCCGCAUAAACUCCCUCCUCCUCCCAGUAGCCUAUCCAGAAACCUUUUACGCCGCAGCCCUCACGGGACCCUUCUCCCGCGUCGUCACCUGGCGCGACCAACCCACCACAAACUUCUCUCAGGAAAUCGUCGUCGGCGGCGUCGUAGCCCGCAUCGAACCCUCCCCCUUUCCUUCCGCGACCCCGACUCCGACCCGCCUCGAACACGCCCUCUACAUCCAGUCCCUUGCCCUCCUCUCCCCCUACCGCUCCCAUGGCCUCGCCACCGCCGUGGUAGACCACCUCAUCGCCGCGGCCGCAAACUCCUCCCCGGACGUCAACCUCCGCCACAUCUACGCCCACGUCUGGACCGACAACGAGGAGGGUAUGCGCUGGUACGCCGCCCGCGGCUUCGAGCGAUACGGUGAGCCGCUGCAGGGGUACUACAUCAAGCUCCGUCCGGACUCGGCCUGGAUCGUCCGCCGCGCCGUCGGUCCUCUGUCCAUCGGCGGGCAGCAGCAGUCCUUGUCCUCUGACAGAGCCACGGCACCACCUCCGAUCCCGGGUCCUACCGCGGCCGUCGCGAACCUACCAUCCAUGAACGGAGGCCCUCCUCCGCCGCUGUCGAGGACAAUCUCGGGCACAUCCUUCCAGAACCGCCGCGCCGCGACAGAGUGGAACGAUCUCCCCGACGAGAUGGCAUCGGCCAAGCUCGCGCCUCCCAAGAGCAGCGGCGGCUCGGGCGCGAGUUCCCGGAGCAGCUCGACAGUGAGGAAGAAGAAGGAUAGAUCCUACCCGGCUGCUGCCUUCCAGGGUUAG